GUGUUAACUCUGCCCUUCUCUAAGCUCAUAGGCUCUCUUGCCAGGAUGCAGGAAUCCUGGGUACUGGGCACACUCACUCUGAUCUUUGGCCUGAUAUCCAGUCUGCAAGGAGCAAGCGGAAAUGAGACUCUACAGAACUGUGAAGACUUACACUGCCCCAAAGGAUUCAUAUGCUAUGAAAAUGAAUGCUGUCAGGAAAGCAAGAACUGGGAUCCUGAUACUGAACACUUCACCAUUGCACUGAUCGUCUUUUGGGUCAUCUUCGCCCUCCUGUGCAUCUGUGGCCUUGUGAUGUCCAAAUGCCAAGGACUACAGCAUGACCUCAGACCAGCGGAUCAUCAUACUCCUCAAAAUCCACCCUCCAAAGCUCCUCUAGAGAGCAUUUGGGUCACCUCCGUGGAUCCCCUACCAACCAUUCGUUGUUCUGAAUUCAACUGAGACUGAAACACGUCCUCCCUAUAGCCUCAGGCCUGAAGGCUUACUGUCCAGAUGAGAGGGACUCGCUAUAUGCAACCCUAUCACCCACCUCACACACAAACCUCUUGGAGGCAGCCAAAGACCAUGGAAUGACUGCAUAUCCCAUCCUGUCUCUUGUACUGUGAUUGCAUUGAUUGUACUUUUAUACCGCUAUUCCUUUUUGUCAUGAGAGCUAAACUAGAUCUGUAAUCUCUGUCACACAAUAAAGGCUGUUGAUUUUUUUAAG